UGGUCAGCUGUCACCCGUUAAGUGUCAAGCUGAAGUUAAACAAUUUUGUUUAUAUUAUUCCCUUGCAAAAUGGAUAAACCAGACCUCCCCUUCAUGCUGAAAAAUUCGAAUAAGAAUUUUAUGGAGCGACAAAAAAGCAUUUUUGAUCAGUUGAGCACCUUAAAAUGCAACCUACAGAAAGACGAAGAAAUGGAAGUGGAGGAGGCCCCCAGACUCUCUAACAGGACAAACCGGUCAGUAAUGAAGCAGUUUCGGGGUAAAGAAAGCAUCUUCAAACGUCCACAAGACCCCGUUUCCAAAAAUUACAUGAGGACAAUUCCUGACUUCAAAAAGAAUCCUCACAAGUGGACGAAAUACUCUUUAGCUGAUGUGAAAGAUGAAGACAUGUCUGAUCGAAGUAAUACUAAAGCGGCUCUUUCAUUCUUAAAUGAAUUGAAAAAUAGGAGUAACGAAAGCAUGGUGACUGAUAAAACUGAAGAGAUACAGAAAAUUGUUUUUAAGAAAGUCCACACUACUGUUAAAGAUAAUUUGAAGAAUGAAGACGAGAAACCUAGUUUUAGAAGUUCAAAAGUUGUGAUGCCAGAAUAUGUCGUUGGGCAGAAAGUCAAGAAAGAUAAGAAAAAUAAGAAAAUUCAAAAUAGUAGUGGUGGACAGUUAAAACUGGAUCAUUUGCUUGAUGAUGAAUAGAUUAAGUUAUAUAAGAGAAAUAAAAUUAAUAUACACAUAAUAAAACAUUUUUCAUUUCAA